AUGGAUGCAGCGAGGAGGAGGGAAAUCGAGUUGCAGACCCAGACCAAGAGGAAGGCCAAUGACACCUCCUCCAAGACAUCCGGAGAUGCCCAGAAAAAGCAAAAGCAGGGUGGUAAGUCAAGGUAUGAGUACAGGCCGUCUUCAAGUCAGGGCGAGAAAAAUCCGUUGAUAUGCUACAACUGUAAAAAGCCAGGGCAUAAUUGGAAGAAUUGUAGGGCUCACCCUGCGAGUGCAGUUCCUCAUAUUACUUCUGCAGUUCCCGUCUGCUAUCACUGCAACGAGACGGGACACAAGAAGCCUGAAUGCCCGAAGUUGAAGACUGGUAAAGGAGACAGGGGUACAAAUCCUGCAAUUGCAUCAUCCUCUAAGGGAACCACUAUGGUGACACGAGGUCGUGCUCACCAGAUGACUGUGGAGGAGCCGGUGAUUACAACGACACUGGCAGACACUUAUUUGCUAGAUUCCAAGCCCGAUGUUGUUAUGUUUGAUAGCGGUGCUACCCAUUCUUUUGUAUCUCACACGUUUAUUAAUCGUUUGGGGCGUAGUAUCGGAAAAUUGGCUCACCCAAUGGUUGUCGAUGUUGUCGACAACCGCACUAUUUAUGUCACCGAUGUCUAUCGGGGUUGCACUCUCGAGUUUUCUGGAGUUGAAUUCCCUAUUGAUCUUAUCCUUAUUGCGAUGCGAGAGCUCUGCGUUAUCAUUUCUCAUAGGGCUGUUGAGCAUUUGCGACACUUUCUGCAACACUUUCUGAAAGUGUUGCAUAUUGCUGAAAUAUUGUUUUAA